GCCCGUCUCUUUACUCACCAUCCUUCUUACCCGUACACAAAGAACCGAAAAAAUAUCGCGGGGAGGCCGACUGAACAAAAUCGCCAAAUCCUAAAACUGCCGGUAGAGAGACGCCGCCGCCGCCAGAGUCUAGACGCCGCCGGGAGCUGACCAUCCAGCCUCCAGCUGACAAGGCCAAACCUGGAUCACAUAUAGAGCCGGGUGCACGAAAAUGUUAAAAUUUUAAAAAGACACUAUCUUCCUCGACAUCUACCGAUUAAAAAUCCCUUCGCCAUCAUCACGCAAUAGCUCCCGGCUUAUCCAUCUUCAGGCGAACCUCUCCGCCUCGCCGGAGCCUCCACGACGCCGCUCCUCGAGUGGAGAUCCGAGAUCGCGUUCCACAAAGUCCUCCUACAGGCUGACCUCCGUCCCUUGAGCAGCUGCUUCGCCCCUGUGUCUGACCACCGCAAUUCCUUUGCGGCUUCCUCCCUAAGGGAAUGACUGUGGAAGAUGAUGUGGUGGGUACUCUUUCAAAAUCAGAACUGCCUACGAAAUCUAUGAAAUCAAAGAAGAAGAUCAAUGAGAAGCUAGCUGUCAAUCCUCUUCAUGUGUUGAAGGAUGUGAGAGUUGAGGGUGGAAAAAGCUCUGAGAGAGGAACUUUGUGCGGCGCUGAAAGGAGGAUGAGAACUACUCGAGAUGACACAUGGAGUUCCAGUGAUGCUAAUGGGGUAACUUGUAGUAAGAAAACAGAAAAGAAGAAAAGGAAGAGAGAAGUAGAAACUAAUGUAUCUACGAUGCAUGAAAACAACAGGAAAGAUGAACAGAAUGAAGGAACAAGGACUGAUGACUGCACAGAGGGUAAAUCAGAAAAGGUCAAAAAGAAAAGGAGAAAGAAGGAAAAGAGUGUGGAUAACAUGGGAUUGGAAGAAAAGAGAGGAGUUGGAAAUGAUGACUCACAUGCUGUGUCCCAAGAUACUAAUGCUGCAAAGGAUGAUCUUUCUGUUGUUGACAAGGGAGGUAGAUCGGGAAAGUUCCAAAAGAAAAAGAGAAAGAAAGAAAAGAUGGGGGAUGGCCUGGGUUCAGAAGAAAAUAGUGGAGUUGAAAAUAAUGAGUAUGGAUUGCAGGCUGUGUCUCAAGAUAAAGAUCCUGCAAAGGAUGAUCUUUCUGUUAUUGACAAGGGAGGUAGAUUGGGAAAGUUCCAAAAGAAAAAGAGAAAGAAAGAAAAGAUGGGAGAGGGCCUGGGUUCAGAAGAAAAUAGUGGAGUUGCAAAUUAUGAGGACGGAUCACAGGCUGUGUCUCAAGAUAAAGAUACAGCAAAGGAUGAUCUUUCUGUUGUUGACAAGGGAGGUAGAUCGGGAAGGUUCCUAAAGAAAAAGAGAAAGAAAGAAAAGAUGGGGGAUGGCCUGGGUUCAGAAGAAAAUAAUGAGUAUGGAUCGCAGGCUGUGUCCCAAGAUAAAGAUACUGCAAAGGAUGAUCUUUCUACAGAGAAGGGAGGCCAAAUGCCCUCAAUUGCAACUGAGAUAGCUGAAAAUAAAAGAAAAUGUGACCGGAAACAAGGAACAAUAACUGGUGGCAAUGCGGAGAAGGUCAAGAGGAAGAAGAAAAGGAACAAGAAAGAGAUGAGGGAAGAUGACGUGGGAUCAGUAGGAGAUGGCGCUAUACCUUUUACAAGUGUAGAUGGAAAACCGGCUAGUGGGGUGCAAGAUGAUAGUAGUAAUGGCAAAAAGGCAAACAACAAUAGGUCCAAUGGCAAAACAUCAAAAAGUAGCAAGAAGAAAGUGAGUUUCUCCAGCGAGGUGGAGGUUUUUCCUGUGUCGAAUGCUUCUGAGAGUGGGGAACAUCGAAGUGAAGAUGGUGUUGUUCGAGGUAAGAGGUUCUCGAAGGAUGAAGAUGCAAAAAUAAAAGAAGCUGUUUAUGACUACAUUGAAAUGCAUGAUUUGGGUGAGGAUGGUUUGGAUAUGGUGUUAAAUAGUAAAAAACAUCCUGAACUGAGACACUGUUGGAAGGAAAUAGGGGCUGCCAUACCUUACCGCCCUUAUACUGCAAUCUAUUAUCGUGCUCAAACCCUGUUUCGAAGUGAUGAAAACCAUAAAUGGACCGAAGAGGAGAAGGAACUGAUACUGAAACACCAGAAAACACAUGGGAAUCGGUGGAAAGAGCUCGCUGAAGAACUUGGCAGACACAGGUUUCACGUGAAGGACACAUGGCGCAGGAUCCAUUUGCCUAACUUGAAGAAAGGACACUGGUCCCAGGAUGAGUACCAGAAAUUAUUUGAUUUAGUAAACACUGAUAUGCAGUUGAGGAUCUCGGAAGAGAAGAAAUCUAAGCAUGGUAUGCUGCGAGACAAUGUGAGUUGGACCGCAAUUAGUGAUAAGUUAUCCACGCGCAGCGAUUCAACUUGUUGUGCAAAGUGGUACACCCAGUUAUCAUCGCCUAUGGUGGCUGAAGGUUUAUGGUCAGACACUGAUGAUUACCGCCUGAUUGACGCGCUUUAUAAACUGGAUGCAACCUGCACAGAAAAUGUGGAUUGGGAUAAUCUUCUCGACCAUCGGUCUGGAGACAUAUGUUUGAAGCGCUGGAAGCAAAUGGUUCUUCACAUAGGGAACCAUGCAAUCAAAUCAUUUUCGGAACAAGUUGAAGUCCUUGCUAAAAGGUACUGUCCCUCCUUAAUCGAAGUAAGAGAGGUUUGGGAUAGCAAGCCUCUUGUACCUUGAUUCUGUCAGCACCGUUAUUUACCUCGAGAAGUUCUGCCAAAAACGGAAUUGAGAAGUUUUCCUUGAAACUCUUUCAUGUUAGAGGCACCCUAGAUGAAAUGAAAGGUUCAUGGCUGGUUCCCCCUCCUCCCUCCCCUCCAUUCAUAACAACAUACCCAUAGUUUGUUGGUUUUUCUCGAGUGUGGCUUUUGCCGAUGGUUUUACUAAGUCGACUGUUUCUAUUCAAUUUUUAGAAAACAGUUUUCCUGCUUUGAGCUUGUGUUGAUACUUGAUAUUAGAUCAGUAGUUGGCUACACAUAUGCAGAGUGUCUUGAUUAUGUUGGCAAAUGACUUGAACAAUUUUGGCUUGAAUCUCCGGAUUUGGAUUGUUUG